AACCUCACACGCCUUUGCAGGCACGCUGCCGGGGGGGUGUCGCGUCCGCGUCUUUAGCGCGAAACCAGCUGUAAUGCACCUCGCGGUCGCUGCCUCUGCCCAGUGAGCAUGCCGGCCGGCGACUUGGCCUUGGCAGUCCCUAGCUCAGUCUUGACACGACGGCGACCGCAUGGUCAAAGAGCUGAGCGAGUGAAGCGCAGCAAUGCCUCACGUACCAAUGUGCCAUUGCGGACAGUCACGAGUAUGGAGUCACAUCUUUCGAAACUCCGAUGCUUUAUAAGAAAGGACGUUUGAGAGAUGAGCAGAGAAAUUCGGCGACUUACCUACCGAAUCUGCUAGCUGCGCCUCGCGACACCAAGAUGACUGCUUUGCGUGUUUGUGGGCUUCUCUGCCUCGCUAUCGGCAUCCUGAGCGUCGCUGCGCUUCCCCGCCAACCUGCAAGUCGAGGGGGAGAAAAUGGACUUGGACUUAAGCCUGCAUCACCUUGCACCAAAGGCUUGCAUGUUUGGGUCCGUGCGGACGAUCUUCGACCCUCGUCGUUGGUGGAAGGAGAAGCACGAUUGGUAAAUAAUUUGACUCACUUGGCCCACGAUCCAGUUCUGGCAGAGCAAUGUCGCAUCGUGUCGUGGACUCUUGGCCUUCGACACCGCGAGCGCGUGGCCCUAAAGUAUCCCGUGCUCGACGUGCAGCCACCUCAGGAGCCGCAAUGGAACUACACCUGGUCGAGUCCAUACAGGUGGGGCUUGCAGGACGAGCUAUCCGUCCUUAUGCCCUUCUCUCCCUCAUCUCCGGAAAGGAAUGCUUACGAGAAGCGGAUGCAAGAGUACGCCGACGCAAUGGCCAAUCGAGAGCAAUGGAUCGUAGCAGAGAAGCAGCGUCUUAAUUUCGAGGCUGUCCGCGACAUGGGUGCGGUCGAGACACCCUCAGAGAAUUUGCAAGUCGUAGAGCUAGAGCCCUUUCUCAUUGCAGUACCGCCUGUGAUCUUCCCACCACGCGUUGAGGGUCACGGAUAUGCAACAGGUCGGGGCUCGUCUAACGUCUCGUACGCACGUGAGCUCGACAUGGCCUACUUUGCCCAGGCUCGCUUAGCUGGAGGAGACAUCAUCAAGAUUGCAGCCGGACAGACCACGUCUGUACCACCGCCAAUGUGGUCGUCCGACCCGGCGCCCAAAUCUCGUCGAUUUCACCACUCGUUCAACGAGAGCAGCUGGGUGGAAGUCACCCGGGAUUUGCGCGGUCCUUCAUUUACCCCCCGGGUAGUCAAUCUGGAGGGUUUGAACGCUUCUUUGACGUUCGAAAGUUCUUUAGCAUUCGUCCAAGGGGAUAAGCGUCAAGUGCAAGGAGAGAUGUUACUCCAAGGCGACAGGUACCACGUCGAGUCGGCACACUUCAAAAUUGUCCAGCACGUGCGCCCGGUGUGGGCAUCAUCGCAGCUGCUGGCAGAGACGCACAACACACGCUCGCUUGAGAUUGAGCUGCUGCGACGUGUCGGUUUGGCCGACAAUCUCAUCUUCACUGGCAAUGAGACCAGGCCUGAAAAGCAAGGCUCAUCUCGGAGCCGUCUCGCAGUGCCUUUGUCGGUCGAGGACCACCUCAGAGCUGCGAUAAAGCAGCGGAACGAAUGUGCACAGAUGGAAUGGAGCUUCAACAAACCUGCUACUGCCAUGACACUGACGUCCCACGCGAAUGGACGGACGCAACUAUCUGGGUGGGCAAACAUCUCGGACUCUGCGCCCCUCACGACCAGCACGGCGGCUGCGUUCGAAAAUGUUGAAGCUUACGUUGUAGUCGAGAUCAUCUUGCGGGACAGUUCGGUGGAAGGCGUCAACGACACGGCCAGUGGCGAGUCUUCGCGAUCUGAUCGCAUUCUCGAAAAAAAUUACGAGUGGGACAGCAGAGGAUAUCCCAAAAGCAAGGAAUGCCUCGCAGGCAUGCCGCAGUCCAUGUGCACUCUGCGCGGCUCGCAGUACCGUCUUACCGCCAUCUUUGAAGGAGUGUCCGUGCUUCCGCGCGGCUCGCGCGCGCACUUCAAGACCAGCAAGAUACGUGACAUGGUGCGCGAGCAGCGAUGCAAGACCAAUCCCAUCGGCUACCUCUCUCCAGAAGCUCGCGCACCCAUGUUUGUCGAGCCGAAGCAAGCCGCAACCGCUGCGAAGCACUUUUGCAGCAAUGACGACUUUUUCCCUCGCAUGAAUGCUACCACGACGUCUCGCGAGCGUCGGCCUGCAGAACAUGGUGCCCAAUCGACCAGCGACUCGGAGCUGCUCUUUGUCUCGAACAGGUGGCAGGGUCGCCGCCUCUUUUCGCACGAGGAGCAGGAGGUUGAGGGGUUCAGUUGGACGACUCCUCAAGCACGCACCAGGGUUGGCAAGGUCUGGGCCGAGAAAGUCAUUUUGCCAGAGAUGGACUCGUCUGACAUGGACGCGCAAGAAGGCGACGGUGAUCGUGACACCAUGCGAGCGCCUCCGCUCGUGAUCCAAAACGUGGCAAAGUGAUCCGGUGUCGCUACCUCUUCGCGUCGUGUCGCUGUCUGACGUCUUGCUGCCUUUUUGGACCAAUACAUGAACGAACGGUGCCCCGUCUCCUCUACGCGGCACUUGCUUCUCUUGCUUGACACCCUUCGUUGCUCAUCUGUAUGACCGUCGUCAAGCU